GGCAGGCCGGGCCGCCGGCCCGUCGCGCGGACCGCCUGUGGCCCGCGCUGGACAUGCCGGUGGUCAGGGGGCGCCGCCCCGCGGUGAUAGGCGCAAGGCGGCGCGGGCGGGGGCAGAGACUGGGCCGGAACAGCCGACCAGGCCUGAAACUACAUCAACCGACGAGAUCAGCCGACAUCAACUACAUCACAAUCCAGACAAGGUUAGUGAAGUGAGUGGAGAGGAGGAAAACCUCGGCAGAGGGAUGCUGGGUGGUGAGAAGCUCAGAUCGUUCCAGACUCCAAAGCCAGUAAUAAGGGAUAGGUAAUGUUGAUAGACUAGCAGUAAUGCCAGUGACAUAAGAGCCCGGAACAGCGAUGAAUGGAGGUAUGGCUCAAGGGUCAAGGGUCGCUGACCCCGAAGAACCAAACCAGCAACAUCGUGUUGGUCUUCAUGUUAGCGUGGUGGAGAACAACGCUGCCCGAGAAAGCAUUACCUUAGAAUCCUGCUUGGCGAGGGCGCAACAAACAAUCGACAUGAAAUGUGUGGUGUUUGGAAUAGUUGUUAUAAUUCUUGGAGCAGCUGUACGAAUCUUUUUCUACGGAGGAUCCACGAGCGGACUCACCUUCAUUUUUACGGCAGUGGGUGUGAUCAUGAUGGUGGUGGCGGCAUUCAUAUUUUACACCAAAACUGCGGGUGGGCGCCGGUCACCGGAGCACCCGAGCUACACCUCUGCGGGUGGCCCGUCUGUGAUCCACGUUCCGCCCGUGGUUCAUGUUCCGCCCGUGAUCCCCGCUCCGCCUGCGAGCGGUGGUCGAGACAGUCCGCCGCCAGACUACAGCUCGGUGAUGACGGACAGACACACCGACCCGCCGCCGCCCUACACUGAAGCAGUGGCUGAUGGUAACAGGGAGGUGCGCAAAGAGUGAAUGAUGCCUGACUGCCUUGCCGUCUAGCAAAAGCCGAUGGUGCUAACAGAGAGGUGCGCAAAGAGUGAUUUAUGGCCUGACUGCCCUACGGUCUAAUAGUGGCCGAUGGUGCUGAGUGCUAACAGCCGGGUGCGCAAGGAAUGGCUUAUGACCUGACUGCCUUACGGUUAAACAAAGGCCAGCAGAGAGGUUUUUAAGGAAGGAAUAGGUAACGGCCAGGUCACCGUACAGUCUGCCGGUGACCAAAGAUUGAGACGGGGGAUCCGUAUCAGUAAGAAGUGAGGUAAUCUCGGCCUAAACGGUCGGCACCGUGGACAAUUAUGCCGACAAGGAAGUCUUUUUUUUGGACUGAGAUCUGACCGCGGCAUCCCUGCAGCCUGCAGCCUGACAUAGUGUUGACUACCUUAUGGAGACAAGAAGCACUAAUGAUGUAAGAUCUGACCGUCACCGAUGGCGGCUACCAAAGAGGCCAGUGAAUUUCUGUGCACUUGAUCAUGUUGAUCGGGGAUAUGUGACUGAUAACGUUUUGUACAUACUAGUACAUGUGGAAUUUGGCUAUCGUAUAGGUACCUCUUUAGACUAGUCCAGACCUGUUGUGCCUGAGCCAGACAAAGCCAGACAGGUGUGCUUUAAUCUUAUAACUGAUUGUGAUAUAAGGCGCCAGUGCUGCUUAUCUCAACUGCCUUUAUUGGAAAUGUUUAAGUCACUGUCCAGCAACUUUUACAGCUUUAUCGAUCACCAAGCGAUGCGUCUUUUUUAUGUCGCGUGAGAUGCGUGGAGUAGGUAAGGUGUUUUGUUGAAUGGGACGUAUGAUGUCAUGCUGCGUGUCGAGAUACCGAGCAAUAAUCGAGUGCCGGAUUUAUGCGCCCUGCAUUUACCAGAGCCUUGCCGGUGUCCAUAAGCACAGGGAGAUAAAAACUGUGAUUGUCUUAGAUGUGAUACGUUUUGGGCUGCUUAAUACACCAUCUUUUCAGUGAUCCUGUCAGUUGUAGUAGGUAUGAUAUAUUGUGGUUCUAUGGUUGAAAUGUACGGGAUGGACGAUUGAACGUCAGACGCCAGCGAGAGUGAGGCACGGAUGAUGUGGGCUAAUCGGUCAUUAAUCCAGUAAUCCCCACCAGUGGGUGACUGAAGACCGCCCACCUGCAGAACUGGUGUGCUGUGACUGCAGGCGUCGCCCCUCCACUGUGGGCCGUCUCCCUCCGCACAGGCAUCACCAUGACAGACUACGCGGCACAGCUCCUCAACGAGCUGAUGGGCCGCAACCGCGACCUGCUGCCUGACCAGCAGGCGCAGAAGCUGUCCUACGACUCACCAGAGGUGUGCCGCUACUACCUGGUAAAGCUGUGCCCGCACGACCUAUUCACCAACACUCGUGUUGACCUCGGGCCGUGCGGCGGUAUCCAUGACGACGACGCACGUGAAGAGUUUCUCAAACUGCCCUCCUAUCGACGGGUGGUGUAUGAGGACGAGUUUCUCCGGUACUGUCAGUCGAUGCUGAACGAAGUGGAGCGCAAGAUUCGCAAGUCCCGCCAGCGUCUGGAGCUACAGCCCGAUGACGAGAAGCUGGCCUCCCUGGUGCCUCCACAGUUCAGCCGACAGGAGGAGCGUAUCGCCUCGCUGACCGGACGGAUCUCCAAACUGGUCAACGAGGUGGAGGAACUGGGCUGCAAGGGACAGGUGGAGGAAGCUCAGAGCCUGAUGCGUCUCUGCGAUAAACUGAAGGACGAGCGGGAUCGUCUGAGAAGGAACAACGAGAGCUCCGUGUGGCACCAGGCAGCUGAGAUGGCGGCCUCACAGGAGAAACAGAUGCAGGUGUGCGACAUUUGCGGCGCCUUCCUGAUCCUGAGUGAUGCACAGCAGCGUAUCGACGACCACCUGACCGGAAAACAGCACCUGGGCUACGCCCGGCUCAGACAGGUCGUCGAGGAAAUGAGGGAGGGUAGAGAAAAGGAGAAGAAAGACCAGGAGGCGGCCCGUGAGAAAGAGCGGGAGGAGCGCCGGCAGAGGGAUGCUGCGGCCGUGGCAGAGCGGGAGAGAGGGUCGCGCUCCGACCGAGACAGAGAGAGGGAGAGGGAACGGGAGCGGGAGAGAGCGGCCAGGAACGGAGAGCGGGAGCGGAACGGCGAGAGAGAGCGGGGAGGAGAGCGGCGACGGCACAGAAGUCGGAGUCGGGACCGAGACCGUCACAGGUACCGCGACUCCGAGAGGCGAGACCGCGAUCCAGAAAGGCGGGAUCGUGACUCAGAAAGACGAGAUCGUGACUCAGAAAGACGGGAUCGUGACUCAGAAAGACGGGACCGAGAUCGAGAUCGAGAUCAAGAAAGAAGAGACCGUGAUCCAGACAGAAGAGAUCGCGACUCAGAAAGAAGAGAUCGUGAUUCAGAAAGAAGAGAUCGCGAUGCAGAAAGAAAAGAUCGCGAUCCAGAAAGAAGAGAUCGUGAUCCAGAGAGGCGGGACCGUGACGCGGACCGGCGGGACCGAGACCGAGACCGCGGCGGUCGCGAGCGGUCCGGUCGUGGCGCAGAGGCUGACGGCGACAGGGACAGACACUCCCGGCGCUCCGGCAGGAAGUCUCGAUCGCGCAGCCACAGCCGACGCCGGUCACGAGAACGACGGGACUCACGGGAGAGAGCGGAGGAGCCGGUGCGGGGCUCUACGGAGCGGACCGGUCCCCGCACGCCGUCCGCCGAGCCCCCAGACAGGGGAACGCCCACAUGAGGUACGGCUGCCCUGUCUCCCGUUUGGACGCACACCAUCUAGCGACAGAAUUGCGAAGCUGAGCCUCUGCAGCCUCCGCAAGGUGGGACCGACGCUGGCGCUACCCUCCCCAGCUGAUAAAUACACCCUGACAUUGGCAGUGGUCCCCUGGUGCAGGUCACGUGGUCUCACUACGGAGAGAUGACGUGCAGUGUGUCGAAACACGUGACCUUAAGCCCCUCUUGUGUGCUUCUCGCCAAUUCUGAAGGGGAGCUAAGUCUGGUAUGAAAUUUGUUUUUAUUUUGUUUUUAGGUAGGAGAGACCAGGCACAGGGCAAGUGUUUUGACCUUUUUCUAUGGUGAAUUGUGUUGCUUGUGACAUGUUCUGUGGACUGAGAUGCAAAAAGAAGUUCUUUAACAAUGGGUAUGAGGAGAUGCUCGUCCAAUGAAAAUGGUUUUGUGCGAGUACUGUGGCGGGUGGUACACGAACUCACACCAUAGUUGUUUGUUUUUAGUAGUAUGUCUUUGAAUGAGUGCGGAACGUUCGUUUUUUUCUGUGUCGCGAUGAGUGUAUAGAUUGGUCGUCGGGAAAAAAUUUGAAGAAGAAAAUACAGGUAAAAUUAGUA